UUUCCGCUUUCCUCUGCCGGUGUGACAGCUGCUGGACUUGGCUGCAGGCAGACCUUCAGGACGCUAUGGAAGCCAAAGCUCAGAUCCAGGAGGCCAUUAAGAUCCAGGGGGAGGUGGUCCGGAAGCUGAAGGCCGAGAAGGCGAACAAAGAGCAGCGCUAGGGUUGCUUACCACUUUUCUCCUGUUCUUCCUGGCUGGUCGUCCUCAUCGCCGUCGGGGAUCUGGACCUGCGCUGCGCCUCCACCUGUGUCUGCUGUUGCCAUGACGAACUGCUGAACUCUGCCCUCCCUGCUCUCUGGACUGUGUUUUUUAUUUGUGUUUUUUGUGUUGCUGCUGUUGGACGACCAUGCUGGCUCUGUCCUGCGCCCGUGGCUGCUCCGGGCUGCGGACCGCCCUGCGUCUUCACGCCCUGCGCUCUGUGUCCGGCCUCACCGCGGCUCAGAUUGAUGAAGAAGUAGCCAAACUGCUGGAGCUGAAGGCUCGGCUGGGAGGAGAUGAAGGCAAACACCAGUUUGUGCUGAAGACACCAAAGGGAACGAGGGACUACAACCCCAAGCAGAUGGCCAUCAGAGAGAAGGUCUUCAGCACCAUCACUCGCUGCUUCAAACGUCACGGAGCUGAGACCAUCGACACGCCCGUGUUUGAGCUGAAGGAGACGCUGACCGGGAAAUAUGGAGAAGACUCCAAGCUCAUCUACGACCUGAAGGACCAGGGAGGAGAGCUGCUGUCUCUGAGAUACGACCUCACUGUACCGUUUGCUCGCUAUCUGGCUAUGAACAAGAUAACCAACAUCAAGCGUUACCACAUCGCUAAGGUCUAUCGCCGUGACAACCCCGCCAUGACCCGCGGCCGUUACCGAGAGUUUUAUCAGUGUGAUUUCGACAUCGCCGGUCAGUACGACGCCAUGAUCCCAGACGCAGAGUGUCUGAAGAUCGUCCAUGAGAUCCUCAGCGAGCUGGAGCUGGGAGACUUCCGCAUCAAGGUCAACGACCGACGCAUCCUGGACGGGAUGUUUGCCGUGUGCGGCGUUCCUGACGACAAGUUCCGAACCAUCUGUUCAACGGUGGAUAAGCUGGAUAAGAUGUCCUGGGACGAUGUGAAGAAGGAGAUCGUGAAUGAGAAGGGUUUGUCUGAGGAGGCUGCAGACCAGAUUGGGAGCUACGUCGGCCUGCAUGGGGGGAUGGACCUGGCGGAGCGCCUCCUGCUGGAUCCCCGGUUGUCUCAGAGCAAGCAGGCCUGUGCCGGCCUGUCCGACAUCAAGCUUCUCUUCAGCUACCUGCAGCUCUUCCAGGUCACAGACAAGGUGGAGUUUGAUCUGAGCCUGGCCCGUGGGCUGGACUACUACACCGGAGUCAUCUAUGAGGCGGUGCUGACGCAGGCCGGGGCCGCUCCGGCGUUCAGCGACGCCCAAAACGGGUCCGAAGAAGGUGUCAGUGUGGGCAGCGUCGCAGGAGGUGGCCGCUACGACGGCCUGGUUGGCAUGUUCGACCCAAAGGGCCGGAAGGUUCCGUGUGUGGGUGUCAGCAUCGGCAUCGAGAGGAUCUUCUCCAUCAUGGAGCAGAAGGCCGAGGCGUCUGCAGAGAAGGUCCGGACCACUGAGGUCCAGGUCCUGGUUGCAUCUGCCCAGAAGAACCUGUUGGAGGAGAGGCUCAGGCUAGUCACCGAGCUCUGGAACGCUGGCAUCAAGGCUGAGGUGAUGUACAAGAAGAACCCCAAACUGCUGAGUCAGCUGCAGCUCUGCGAGGAGACGGGGAUCCCCCUGGUGGCCAUACUGGGAGAGCAGGAGCUAAAGGACGGGGUGGUCAAACUGCGGGUGGUGGCCACCCGAGAAGAGGUUGAUAUAAACAGAUCGGACCUCAUUGCUGAGAUCAAGAAAAGAACCUCUGAGGCCUAACCAGCCAUUCUGCUCCGCUUCAUAGAGCCUGAUGGAACUAGGCAGCAGCCUACAGACUGAGAUGAGUCCAGAACCCACGGCCUAUUGCGGUGUGGGUGGAGCUCAUGGUUGGCGGGACUUUAAGUUUAAAGCAUCCAGCUGUUCCAGGCUGCCUUUAGACCACCUCUCCUCCUUUCAGUGUUUAUCAUUCGGCUUUGUCUCUGCUUGAUACGUUCAUUAAAACUGUCCU